AUGACUUCGGUAGCUGUACUAGGUGGUGGCAUUUCUGGCUUGUCAACUGCUUAUUAUUUAUCUCGCUUAGCACCUAAAUCAACUAAAAUUAUUUUAAUUGAGGGUAAAGAUAGAGUAGGUGGUUGGAUUCAAAGUCGUCGUGUUUCACCUGGUAAAUAUGACAGCAAAAAUCAUUUACCAAAGUUAUCACAAGAAGAUGAUUCUAUAUUAUUUGAAGCUGGUCCAAGAAGUUUACGUCCUGAAGGACCCAAUGGUGUUAUAUUAUUGGAAAUGCUUCAACAUCUUCAAUUAAAUAAGAAUGAGUCAUUGUUAUGUAUACCUAAAUCAGAUCCUUCUGUUCGACAUCGUUACAUUUAUUAUGAUGAUAAAAUCAAUACACUUCCAACAGGUCCUAUGUCAUUAUUAUUUAACAAACCCCCUGUAUUCAAAUCGGUUAUUCUCGCCGGUGCUCUGGAACCCUUUCGUUCGUCUCGUUUCAAAAAUGGUAUACCAAAGGAUGGCAAAGAAGAUGAGUCUCUGUAUGAUUUUAUGAAACGACGAUUUAAUGAACAUACAGCUAUUAACUUGAUGGGCGCUCUUGCUCAUGGAAUUUAUGCAGGUGAUGUAAAGCAAUUAUCUCUAAAGUCAACCAUGCGUAUGCUUUAUGAAGCAGAGAGAAAUUAUGGUGGCGUCAUCAUGGGUAUGUUACGAGGUACUUCUAAUACAGCUACAAUGCGUGAACGAGGUAUGGUAGUAAGAGCAAGGAAUCAGGAUCCUGAAUGGUUUAGUAAAAUGGAAAAAAUGAGUAUUUUGGGAUUUAAGGACGGUAUGGAAACUUUGCCUAAUCAAAUUCGCGCUUGGUUAGAACAGUGUCCUAAUGUAGACAUCAUCAUAAACGACCCUGUCGAAUCUAUUGAAGUUAAAUCAAAUGGAAAAGAAACCAAGAUUAAAACUAAAUCCACUGAUAUCUACGCAGAUCAUGUGAUCUCUACUAUUCCUUCAAUUAAUCUGGAUAAAUUACUUAAAGAACAAAAAUUACCCCACCUUACUUAUAAUCCUUCAGUAGAUGUAGCCGUUGUCAAUUUUGCAUAUCCAUCAGACGUCAAAUUGGGAUAUGACGGUUUUGGUAUACUUACACCACAUCGUGAUACAAAGCAUCCCAUCUCUCUUCCUGGUACUCUUGGAGUUGUAUUUGAUUCAAAUACGAUGCCAGGUCUAGAAACAAUUCAAUCAGACACAGUAAAGGUAACUGCCAUGAUAGGUGGUUCUGAUUGGAAGGACGCAUUUGGUAAAAUCACUAUUGAUGAGUUAGAUCCUGAAAUAGCUUAUAAAUAUGCUAAUGAUGUGAUGAAUGUCUUUUUAAAUAUCAACAGUACACCUACCCAUUCAAUGGUUAAUCUUCAAAAGCAAUGUAUUCCUCAAUAUCUUGUAGGUCAUGAAGCACGUCUACGUGAACUUCAUCAUGCAUUAAAAGAUAAAUAUGGUCAUCUCAUGAGUGUCACAGGGGCUAGUUAUCUGAGUGUCAGUGUCCCAGGUUGCAUUAAGAAUAGUCGUAUGCUUGUGGAAGAAUUAUUAGUGUCUGGUGCUUUAGGUUCUCGUGAAAAAAUUGUUACAGGUCUUGGAAAUACUGUGAAGGGCACUAGUACAGAGGAGAUGAAAGAUAGUGCCAGAUUAAGUAAAGGAAAUAUCAAUAUUAUCAUGAAGUCAUAA